CCCCCUCCCUCUCCUCAAUCUUGCAGCGCGGUUGAACAAAAGAGAGAGAGAGCGAGAGAUGAGGUAGCAACAUAGCAAGCACAAGAGCGCAAUUUGACAUCCCCCGGCGUGGUUUGUAGCCUAAUUUGACCGUUACCGUUUACCAUAGCCUGUAUCAAAAGAAAAAGACAAUUCGACGAAUUCUGGGUGGAGAUUUUAAUCGUAGCCUACUGAACUUGUGUCAUAUUUUCAAUUUUUUACUACACGUUGCAUUUACAGUAAUAUUUGGAAUUGUGAUCAAGAAAAGCAAAAUGUUAAGGAUAAUGUUUCAUGUCACUCAAUAAGAUCAGUUGAAGAAGAUCAAAAGUCCAAUCAAGACCAAUCAUCAAAAAGGCCCAAACUACCAGUGAAACAACAUUGUCCGCAUUCCACCAUGGCUUCCAACACCAGUGCUGCCCCCAGUGGAGCGGAGGGAGAACAGCAGCCGGAGCAGACCAUCACCUCCCAGCCAACCAGCGCUGAGCACCAAGAGACAGCCCCUGACUCCAGCCAGUCGGAAUCCAAAGACCACUUGGCAGUAAUCAGCGAGAAGAUGGAGACCAGUAAUGGAAUGUGUGCUGCCAACUCCUCGCCCACAUCUUCCAUCUCGUCCCCAAAGCGACUGCAACACGCCAAACCAACCAACGGCCGGGCACGGAAAGGAAGCCGCUCUGGGUCCCUGCUGGGUCAUGGGGCAGGGUCUCCCAGGCCUUCCAUCAGCCGUCAGCCCAGCACCGUGACAGAGGAGGACGACGGCAAGCCCCCUAGAGACUACCUAAUAUUGGCCAUCCUGUCCUGCUUCUGCCCCUUGUGGCCGAUCAACAUCGUGGCUCUCGUCUUCUCUGUUAUGUCGAGGAACAGCCUGCAGCUGGGGAACGUAGACGGGGCGCGGCGUCUGGGCCGGAACGCAAUGGUGCUGUCCAUCGUUUCGCUAGUUGGCGGGGUCAUCAUCAUCAUCGCAGCCAUCGUCUUAAACUGGGGAAGUAUAAUCAAAUCCUGAGGGUCACCAUGGAAACCAGGAGCAAGAUCGCAAGACAGCACACCAACAACCAUCCCAACCAGACUUUUCCCCUUUCCUACGAUCAAAACACUAUUCUACAAAAGCGCCUGCAACCUACAGCAUACCCAUUUGACCCCUUUUUUUGCUGCACGAUCAUGUAUGGCCUGUAAUAUGUUCUCUGAAACAGCUAAGACAAGUCUGUCACCUCUACCUCCUACACCUCGGACCCCAACGCUGCCACCAGUGGUGUAGUGCAGGGUAAACGUACGUAAACGUCGUUUACACACAUUUUGCUCCAGUGUUUAUUCACCUUUUGCAGACAAAUGCAUUGAAAGUAUAGAGGGCGUUACUUUAUUGACCGUCAACAGUGAUCAGGAGUUACCCACCUAUUUUUUGACCACUCGUCACUGGCUGCCACCAUCACUCAGAAGGUCGAAAGCGUCAUGUAGAACAACACUGAGGUAGGAUAGACUGUGACAAACAGACUGGUUCCUCUGAAUGAGAGACAUGCGUCUAACGAGUCUAACUCUGGUCAACGAUGCCAUGAUCUUCUGCAAUGGUUGCUUGAGUCUCAAAAUGUAUUUAAAGUAUCUGCAUGAUUUUCCGGGACCAGGCUGCUCCUCCCAGGCUGCUCCUCCCAGGCUGUUCCAAUGUGACAAAACACAAAGUGUCUCUAUUGUCGCCGGAAAGGACAUCUGGUUUUCGCUCUAAUGUUAUUAUUUCCUUCCACUGAAUCAUUCAUCUCCAGUCAGUCCACACCUCUGUAACACAACCAAGGGAUCCUUUUAACUGUGACGCCAAAACCAGCCCACCCUAUAGGAUAAUGUUAAAGAUGGCAAAGGAAGAGUUAGGGAGGGAGGUGACAGGGAUUGGAAUUGAUCUUUGAUAAAUGUGAGGAUGUUGAUGGGGGGGGGGGGGCUUUUUCAGUUCUGAAUUUGUUCCAGAUUGUUAUUUUCUGUGAAGGUAAGAAGGAGUUAGAGACAGAUGGGACCAUCUGUACUUUAAUUUAGGGACACCCCUGGGGUCUCCAUCUCUUUGCUUCAUCGUCUUUGUUUAAAAAUAACUGGAAUCUGGGGAGAAUGAGCCACUCUGGGUUUGGGAUUGAGGCUGGGCUGGUAACUCAUAUGCUCUCUCAAACACACUAUCUUACAACCCCCCCCCCCCCCCCC